AAAAGAAAAGUUUGAAGGGGAAAAUGGAGAAGAAGAGGAAACAGCACCAGAGCUUCAGAUUUGCUCAACAAUGGCGUCUUCUCGUUCUCAUUCUCUCCCUCAUCUCCGCCUCUCAAGCCCACAACUACACCGACGCUCUCUCCAAGAGCCUCCUCUACUUCGAGGCGCAGCGGUCGGGGCGGCUGCCGCAUAAUCAGCGCGUGGGUUGGCGUGAUCAUUCGGGGCUAACCGAUGGGUUGGAGCAAGGAGUGGACUUGGUCGGAGGGUACUAUGAUGCCGGCGAUCACGUCAAGUUCGGGCUGCCAAUGGCCUUCACUGUGACAAUGCUGUCAUGGGGUGUGAUUGAAUACCGGAACGAGAUCGGCAGCGCCGGAGAAUUGGAGCAUGCACUCGAGGCGAUCAAGUGGGGCACUGACUACUUCAUCAAGGCACACACCAGCCCAAAUGUGUUAUGGGCAGAGGUGGGGGACGGUGACACUGAUCACUACUGCUGGCAAAGGCCGGAGGACAUGACGACGUCGAGGCAAGCCUACAAGGUGGACGAGAGCAACCCAGGGUCGGAUCUGGCCGGAGAGACGGCGGCGGCCAUGGCAGCAGCAUCGAUUGUGUUCAGGAAAACAAACCCACAUUACUCUCACCUGCUACUGCACCAUGCCCAACAGUUGUUUGAGUUUGGGGACAAGUACAGAGGAAAGUAUGAUGAGGAAGAAGGGAGUGUGGGAGUGGUGAAGAAGUACUAUGCGUCGGUGAGUGGGUACAUGGAUGAGUUGUUGUGGGCAGCUUUGUGGCUUUACAAGGCCACCGACAGAGAGGAGUAUUUGAAGUAUGUUAUCACCAAAGCUCAUUGUUUUGGUGGCAUUGGCUGGGCCAUUUCCGAAUUCAGCUGGGAUGUAAAGUACGCUGGUCUUCAAAUCAUCGCUUCUCAGUUGCUUAUGGAAGAGAAACACAAACACAAGAAGUAUAGUCACAUACUUGAAAAAUACAGAUCAAAAGCAGAGUUCUAUCUUUGUUCAUGCCUGAGAAAAAGCAACGGCAGCGACGUCGAUCACACCCCCGGCGGCCUCAUAUACAUCCGGCAAUGGAACAACAUGCAGUACGUCUCAACGGCGGCGUUUCUCCUGACCGUCUACUCCGAUUUCCUCCGGAACUCCAACCAAAACCUCAGCUGCCAUGGAGGGUCAGUUGGCCAUGAAGAGCUGCUCAGAUUUGCCAAAUCUCAGGUUGAUUAUAUAUUGGGCUCAAACCCAAUGAACAUGAGCUACCUAGUGGGCUUUGGGCCCAAGUACCCCACAAGGGUCCACCACAGGGGAGCCUCAAUUGUCUCGUAUAGAGAGAACAAGGGGUUCAUAGGAUGCACCCAAGGGUAUGAUAAUUGGUAUGGGCGACCCGAGCCUAACCCGAACAUUAUCAUCGGAGCGUUGGUGGGAGGACCCGAUUGCCAGGACAAUUUCAUGGACGAGAGGGGAAAUUACGUGCAGACCGAGGCCUGCACAUAUAAUACGGCGCCGCUGAUCGGAGUUUUUGGGAAAUUGUUACAGUUAGAGGAGAAUGAGGAUGGCCAAACCCAGAAUUUGGUGGCCUCUUACUAAUGGAAUACAGAGUGUUUUGAGUUCUAUAAUGGGCUUUUUGGUUUUGUUGUCUUGGUGGGCUUCUUACAUUUUUAUCAGAGUGCUUCUUUGAUGGCUGAGUCAAAGCCCAUCUGGCCCAUCAAGCCCGAUUUGUAUCUUCAAUUUUUUAAUGUUUAUAAUACUAAAUAUAAAGGUAAAAAUUGUUGGUAAA